AUGACGUCACGCUGCGAUGCUGAUGUUGCUGCGGCAGAGGAGUGCUGAGGAGCCGCCAAUACAAAAGCCCCUCGACACGGACGACAGGACCGGCCUUUCUCCGCCGUGUUGCCGGCAAAAGGAGGAUGCCCUCGCUAUCGGAGCAGCUGCGUGAGGCGCGCAGCCAGGCAGAGGUGUGCCUGUACUCGGGCAGCAGGGUGCUGGAGGUGCGUGCAGGGGUGAUGGCAAUGGCUCUGCUGCCCUUACCGCCCUGCUCCAAAUACCUGCACAUCGCUGCAGAGAGCAUGGUGGUCCACAACAGCUUUGGCAGCAACAGGAAGGAGACGCUGGCCUCUCUGCAGCGCUUGUCCACGGCCUUGAACAUCCUGGAGAAGUACGGCUGCAACCUGACCAACCCCAACAGACCCAAGUACUGGAGGACCGUCAAGCACAACAACCCCGUCUUCAGAGCCACCGUGGACGCCAUCCAGGGGGGGCGGGCCGUCCUGGGUCUCUAUGGUUACUCCAAUCAGCAGCCAGACGGCCUCAGCUUCCCCGAUGACAUCACCGACCCCGACGUGGGCCGAGUGGCCGCCGUGGCCGUGGAGGUUAUGAGUCUCAGGAUGGAGCUGGAAAUGCUCAUCAAGGAGACUCACCAGCAUCCAGAAUUCUACGAGAGGGUCAUCCCGACGCUGAGACACAAGGGAGAAGAGCCAGGGGGAGAGUACACAGCCCUGAGGAGUACCAGUGUUCGUGGUUCCACUGUCCGCGACAAUCUUCCCCAGCCGCACGUGCUGUCUUCGGAAGUGGGUCUGAACACGGACGCUGUGGUGGACACCUCGUCUCUCCACUGUGUCCCUCAGAGCAAGUCACUGGUCUUCCCUCUGCAGCGUGUUAGCUCCUUCUCCCACCAUCACAGUCUCACACACACCUCUCCCUCCCACACACACCCAGAGAACUGCACCAUGUGUGGAAUAUUCCGUGUGACUGUGCACUGUCUGAGCUGCCUGCAGGGUCUGUGUGGGGAGUGUGACCGCCUCUACCACGACCACCCUCACAGAGACAAGCACCGCCGCACCACCCUCACCUCUUCUUCAUCAUCACCAUCACCGUGUCCCCCCAGUGGACACACUAAAAGUUCUCCCACCUGGCAUUGCCUUCAGUGCACAAAGGUCAACUGGUCCCAGGAUGUGCUCUGUGAGGAAUGUGAGGCUCCUCGCUACCAAGCCCUCAGCUGUGCAGCGGAACACUACCAGCCUGCUACCGUCACAGAGUGGCAGUGUAGGAGCUGCACAGUCAUCAAUGCAGGCAUCAGUGUACUGUGUGAGGUGUGUGAAAGACCCCGCCUGGCUACCAGACCUCCACUGACUCCAUCACACCCUCCUGUUACACCACCCAGACCACCUGCACCUGUGCUGGGCAUGCCUGGAGAUCCUGACAGCCAGUGGGUGUGUCAGUUCUGCACCUACCUCAACUACUCCCCCGCCACCGUGUGUGAGAUGUGCGACCUGGCACGUCCGGAGCCCGCCCCUCUGCCGGCCAAGCUCCGCCCUCCCUCCCCGGUCAGGCGGGUGCCCGCCCUGCCAGUCAAGCGCAAAGUGACCGCCCAGGAAGACCUGGACUCGUGUAGGCAGCGGCGGCUGAAGGAGGAGGGGCUAAAGCUCGUCCAGCUGAUACGUGAGGGGGAGAAGGUGGGCAUGAGUCCUGAGGAGGUCUACACCUGCACCAGGGUGGCAGGAGAUAGUCCCCUAGUGGCCUGCAGGUGGAUGAAGUCCGAACUACCUCUGCAGUUGGACAAGAUCAUCAUGUUGGCAGCAACCUUGUCAAGCAGGCUGCAUGGAGGUUCCACUGAUGUUCCUGCCAAAGUGGGUGAGGGGAAGACCACAGGUGUGCUCCACCUGUCCAGAGCAGAGGCCAAGCAAGGCUGGCUGACAGCAGGGGGCGCCACUGAGAGAGCAGCCAGACAAGCACUGAGGGACAGACUGGCCAAGGUAAAGGUGCUGGUCUCCCUGGGCUUCAGUGAGGAGUCACAGUGUCACGAGGUGUUGAGACAAAGUGGUGGUCAGGUGAGAGCAGCUCUCACUCUUCUGCAGCGCCCUCUGCUGGACACUUUUCAUCAACGCAUCUGGAGCCAGCAGCCUGAACCUCCACUGGACAUCCACCAUCCUGACAAGCAGCGCACAUGUCGCAGGCUGCUAGCCGUGUAUGACCUCCCUAGCUGGGGCCGCUGUGAGCUGGCACUGUCCCUGCUCCUGGAGCACAACGCCCCCUACGCCCUGGAUGAUGUGGUGCAGGCGGUCAGAGAGUCCCAUGACCGGGACUUCAUCAAGAGAGUUCUGGCCAAGGAAUGUCCCAUCUGCCUCUCCGUCUUCCCCCACAGCAAAAUGCAGUCCCUGACGUCCUGCCAGUGCUCCGUCUGUUGCGGAUGUUUCCAGCAACACUUCACCAUCGCUGUGAGGGACAAACACAUCCGAGACAUGGUGUGUCCCGUCUGCUGGGAGCCCGACAUCAACGACCCCGAACACCUCAACAGCUACUUCUCCACCUUGGACAUCCAGCUGAGAGAAUGUUUGGAGCCAGAAGUCUACGAGCUUUUCCACAAGAAGCUGACAGAACAAGCUCUCAUCAAAGACCCCAAGUUCCUGUGGUGCUGUCACUGUUCCUACGGCUUCAUCUACGAUGGAGACCAGCUGAAAGUCACCUGCUUCCAGUGUCGCAACACUUUCUGUGCCCACUGCAAGAAGCCCUGGGAGUCCCAGCAUGCAGGAUUGUCGUGUGAGCAGUACCAGUGGUGGAAGAGAGAGAACGACCCAGAGUACCAGAAGCAAGGUCUGGCAGGCUACUUGCGAGACAACGGCAUCACGUGUCCCAACUGCCGCUUCCAGUACGCCUUGUCCAAAGGAGGCUGCAUGCACUUCUGCUGCUCGCAGUGUCGCUACCAAUUCUGCAGUGGUUGCAACAACCCUUUCCACACAACGUGUGCAGUGGAGGAGUGCACAGUAUCAGGACUACAUGCUCAUCACCCCAGAGACUGUCUCUUCUACUUGAGGGACUGGGAACCUUCUAGACUGCAGGCGCUACUCCAGAAGAAUGGUGUUACCUUUAAUACUGACCCUCCUCCUGGAACACAAACAGGACUGUGCGGGGUGAUCGAGCAGAAGGACGAUGGAGGCCAGCAAGCGGACUCGGCCUGUGGAGCGCACACCCAACCGGGACACGCCGGACUCUGCGAGAAGCAUUACAGAGAGUACCUGGUCAGCCUGAUCAACAGCAACUCCUUAGACCCGGCUCACCUGUACAGCUCCAACGAACUCCUGCUGGCCUGCCGCAGGUACAAGGUGGAGGACUCCCGCACCGAGGCUGAAGAUGGAGUACUUUACUACAGCCGGCUCAUGGAGAAGCUGAUGGCUGAAGUUCCACUCGGUGACAAAGUUCCACGCAAGAAAUAAUAAGUUGAUGAUGAAGAAGUAGAUAAUGAUGAUAAAGAUGAAGAUAAUGAUGAUGAUGAUGAUGAAGAUAAUGAUGAUGGUGAAGAUGAUGAUGAUGAUGAUGAUAAAGAUGACGAUAGUGAUGAUGAUGAUGAAGAUGAUGAUGCAACAAUGAAAAGUCCACAACAAAUAUUCCAAGAAGAAAAAUCCUCCAAUCAAAAUUGAAAUAUGAAAAUAAGGUAUUCAACAUAUUUUGUUCAAUAUCCUAAAAUACACCGUAAUAUUAUUAUUAUAAUUAUUACCAUAUAAUUAUUAUUAUUAUUAUUAUAGUUAUUAUAUGUAUUAUUAUAUAUAUAUAUUUUUUUUGUGUGUUUAUUUAAUAUUUAUUAUUAUUAUUAUUAUUUAUUUACAGUAAAGAAAGGUGUAUCAUUAUUAUUUAUUGUCGAUAAAGAAAGGUGUAUUAUUAUUAUUUAUUGACAAUAAAGAAAGGUGUAUUAUUAUUAUUAUUUAUUGACAAAGAAAGGUGUAUUAUUAUUAUUCAUUGACAGUAAAGAAUGGUGUAUUAUUAUUAUUAUUAUUUAUUGACAAUAAAGAAAGGUGUAUUAUUAUUAUUAUUUAUUGACAAAGAAAGGUGUAUUAUUAUUAUUCAUUGACAGUAAAGAAUGGUGUAUUAUUAUUAUUAUUUAUUGACAGUAAAGAAUUGUUUAUUAUUAUUUAUUGACAGUAAAGAAAGGUGUAUUUAUUGACAAUAAAGAAAGGUGUAUUAUUAUUUCACAGUAAAGAAU